AUGUCUCAUUCAGCCCCCAGGCACGCGCUUCGGCGUGCGCGCGUCGCUUCGGCACCUCACCUUGACUGUUUACCGCUUGCAUCAUCCUCUAUCAUACCCGGCACGACGUCAUCAAACUCUCCCCCGACACUCAAGCCUCGCUCAUGCACAUAUCAACCCAAACUCUACACUAAGCACAGCACCAUGAUGUCCCGUAUCGUCCGCCGUGUCUAUACCACCGGUACCGUCUCCGCCGCCUCCGCUGCCGGCGCCACCGUCAAGACCGCCCGACCGCGGCCUAUCAUCAUCCGGACCCAGGUCGCCCCGGCGCCGGCCUCGGCCCCGGCCCCGGCGCCCAUUGGCACAAAGUACUCCGAGGGACAAAUGAACGAAGCGCUCGUCUAUGCUGGUAUAAUCGGAGCUGGCGGGGUCCUGCUGGCCCAGACGUUCUGGGGGAUACACAAGGACAGCAAGAAGGCAGACGAGGAAAAACGAGACUGGGACUUGGAGUCCAAGCUGGCAACGCGCGAUAGGCGGAUCGCCGAGGUCGAGGAUCGUAUGAGCGUCAUUGAGGCGGUCUCGUCCGCCAGGAGUUCAAGUCCGGCACCACUAGCUUCUCCCCCCUUCCCUCUUCCCGAUGUCGACUCUCUUCUUCGAGCUAGAUUGUACCCGUUUCUUCAUUAUAGUCAUGUCAUGAACGACCUCUCUUUGUGCUCCUAUGGCUUAUCCGUUACUGUCCAGCUUCUCCAUUACGCCUCAAAGCCGUUCAGCUGCAGAGGUGUGGUCAAUACAGCUGUACAUAUCCUCCAACCUGAUCUACACUCGCUCGACGUCCAAGACUCGCUAUUCCACCUUGUCCCAUCCCUCCCACGCAGUCCUCGCUUUCAAGUCUCCAACCCAGCUCGGUCCCUCAAGAAGCCGGUCGAGUGCUAUUUCCGCGAUCCGGAAAGGACAGCCGCCUAA